UCGGGCGGAGAGUCGAAUUCGAGACUGCCGCCAGGAAAAGGAAGGAAAGCCGAGCAAGAAGGAGAUGGCACUGAGCUUGUGCCGCGGUGCAUGCUUGGUCGGGAAGGUCGGUGUCGCUGAGAGCGCGGACUCGAAGCUGUGGAGGCGAUAUGGAGCUGGUGACCGCCUUAUGACAAGCGCAGCUCUUCGGACUACAUUGCUUCGCUCUGUUCUGGCUCGGAGCUGCCAAAGGAGUGGAGCAUCGCAUUGCGCACUUUCAGCCAGAGACUUACACAAUCGGAGUGGGAGAAGACAUCUCACGAAAGCUUCGGCCUCGGACGUGCGGACAUCGGAGACAGUGACAGGACAAGCAGCGAUGGGAGAAAUCGUACCUGCCGUGAUCGUGGGAGCUGGGAGAGUCGGAUCAGCGUUGGAGAAGAUGGGCGGGGGAAAUGACGUGCUGGUCAAAAGAGGAGAACCCAUUCCUGCAGAUGGCCAGGGCCCUAUCAUCAUUUGCACUCGGAAUGAUUCUCUUGCAGGGAUCAUAGAUGCCACUCCCGCUAGUCGCCGUGAAGAUUUGGUGUUUAUUCAGAACGGAAUGCUGGAGCCUUUUCUGGAGAGUAAGGGAUUGGCGUCAGCAACGCAAGUGCUCGUCUAUUUCGCCGUGGCGAAAGCAGGCGAUGCUCCAAUCGAUGGAAAGACAGAUAUGAAUCCCGAAGGUCUGACCGCCUCGACUGGGAAGUGGGCGUCUGCCGUCGCUGCUCGCCUCGAAUCUGCAGGACUUUCCUGCAAGGUUUUGGAUGCUGAAGAGUUCAAGAAGCCACAGCUCGAAAAGCUCAUCUGGAUCUCAGCUUUCAUGCUCGUUGGAACUCGUCAUCCUGGUGCCACAUGUGGAGAUGUUGAAAGCAAAUACCGUGAAGAGGUCGUCAGUCUCAUUCAGGAACUGGCAGCUGUUGCGGAAUCUGUGAAGAACACCAAGUUUGAUUCCGGCAUCGAAGAAAGGCUGUGUGCUUAUGCCCGCUCUGUAUCGCAUUACCCUACAGCAGUCAAAGAGUUCGAAUGGAGGAAUGGCUGGUUCUACGACAUCUCUCAGCGUGCACUUUCCAAUGGGGAGACUGAUCCUUGUCCCCUACAUACUGCAUGGCUAAAAGAAGUUGGCGUCGUCAAGAGUUAGUUUAGAAUUUUGAAGUCAAAGAAUCAAGGGCCUGUGAUUGCCGAGUACCUUCAUCUGGCAUGACUGCCUGCCUGCCUGCCUACGCGAACAACGAUAACCAGCUCAUCGUCUGUCAGGAAGAAACUGGAAUUGUGUUUCAACCUUUGAUGACCGGGGAAUGCUGCCUCGAUCUGAGUUUGUCAUACGUUCGCCACCUGACAGAAAAAUCGUUUGGAUGCGACUCUACUGAUUCCGCAGAACUCUGAAAAUGUUACCGCAGUUUCAUUAUCUUAUCAACUUUGUUCAAUCAUAAUCUUGAGAAUCGGCAAUCGGUCUGAGAAUUCAGUAGUUGGCCGAAUCCGUGUCAGAGAGAGAGAGAGAGAGAGGGAGAGAUGCAAGUGAAAUACACCAGGGCUGAAAGAAAUUCUCGUGAGAAUUCUGAUGGGGCAAUCUCCUUAGUCAACCACAGAAGCUCUGCACAUACAGAGAGACUAAGCAGCCAGCGGCCGAAACCAAUAUUGAAUACAAGACAUACAAUUGCUGUCGCCCCUUGUGCACCAGUGGCAAUAAGAUAUCGUGCUGAACGUCGUCGAGGCAGAGAACGUCUUGUGACUUUUCUCAGCAACACUCAUUGCUGUGUAAGAGAGUCCAGAGUCCAGCUCUCUUACAGCAAUGAGUGUCGCUGAGAAAUUCCCAAGACGAAGGCAUACGCUUCGAGUGACUGCUGCAGGUCCAAUGAGCCUCGAACAAGUGACCAAAUCACCGACGACCUACGCCAUAUAACUAAAUAGAAGCACUUUUACCCCCGACAGCUUUCUUUU